GGGCUGACAGGGCCGCGGCUGUGGCUGGGAGGCCGCGGGGACGCGAGCGCGGCGCUCGCUGGGCGCUAAGCCGCCGCCGGCCUCCUCCGCUCCGCCAUGGCGGCGGUGCCUCGGGGGCGCGGGUAGGCCCGGCUCCCACUGCGCCUGCGCGGGCGGGGGUGGUGGCGGGAUAAUGGGGACGGAGGCCCGGGUUAGACUGGGGCUCCCGGCGCCGGGGAGGCCUCGGUUUCCGUCGCUGGACUAUGGGUCCGAGGCGGCCCUUUCCCGCUCUGGGGCUGCCGGGAGCAGAUGAGGGUUCCGGCCCUCUUCUCCCCGUUCCCCAGCCUGACCGCCCAGAGGCUUCCCGGCGUGUGUUUCUGAGGACAGGAGCUCUGGCUUUUUCGUGUGCCACACUUUGGGCGGGAGACACUAGUUUUUGUUGUGCAGUGACAGUUUCGAAAGUACUGGCUUGCCGCGCUUCAAGCCUUGCCCGCUCCCUUUCCGAGAGUAAAUUAAAGUCCUAGCUCGUUAUCUUGGGGAGUCCUUACAGAGUUUUCCACGUUGUGGUUUCGGCUCUCCAACUUGCCGGAAAAUGAUGGCUGUCGUAGGAUUUUUUGAGUGGGUAAGGGCCAUCCUGGCCAGGUUUGCGUCGGCUGCUGGUGCAAGUGGAGACACAUCUCCAAAUUGCCUACUUAACAGCUUUCCCCGUACGAUCUGGGCUUGUAUUUCUAAUCUGCUUUGGCGAACCAAGGCUAGCAGGGACUACCAGGUUCAGGGAAAACGGUCUGUUAUGUUCUGAACCCACACAUGUUUUCGGAAGGACCAGAUGGCUGACACUGGCUAAUGGGAACCAAAAGACAAGAGUGAAAGUAACCCGGUUGUCUCAUGCCCCAGCUUAGGGUGCUCCACCCUACCCUGAGGCCAGUGCCCUUUUUCUCUGGAGACUUCACCCUGCUGUGUCAAAAACUGCUACCACCUGGCUUAUCUGAGGUGGGGAAAGAUCAAGUGCAGACUGAGCUGUGGCCAACCGUUUGCAGACCAGGAAUCCACACUAGCUCUAAUGAGAGAGCUCUUGGUGUGCGGGAACUGCCAGUUUGCCGACGUGAAAGAGCCCCAGGCUGGGUAAUGGUGAGCCCUGAAGUCGCACCCCAGCUCUGCCACUGAGUGAGCACGGCAACAUCCCUAAUCCUGACCAGCCAUGGAGAGGUUCGGUUCUUACAAGGAAAAUGAGUGAAUGUGGGAAUGGCUCACCACAUUGGGAAAGCAAAACUCACAUCCUGCUGGUGCUUGGCUGAGGACUCUCAUGUCCACAUACAGAGAAAAGCAUGUGGCACAGUUUUAGGACAAAGGUAUGGCUUUGUGGAGUUUGAUGAUCUGCGUGAUGCAGACGAUGCUGUUUAUGAACUGAACGGCAAAGACCUGUGUGGAGAGCGAGUCAUUGUUGAGCACGCUCGAGGCCCGCGGCGGGAUGGCAGCUACGGCUCGGGACGCAGUGGAUAUGGUUAUCGAAGAAGUGGCCGAGAUAAAUACGGUCCUCCUACUCGCACAGAAUACAGACUUAUUGUGGAGAAUUUGUCAAGUCGAUGUAGCUGGCAAGACCUAAAGGAUUACAUGCGUCAGGCAGGAGAAGUGACGUAUGCAGAUGCUCACAAGGGACGCAAAAACGAAGGAGUGAUUGAAUUUGUGUCUUACUCUGAUAUGAAAAGAGCUUUGGAAAAGCUGGACGGAACUGAAGUCAACGGCAGAAAAAUCAGAUUAGUUGAAGACAAGCCAGGUUCUAGGCGGCGCCGGUCUUACUCCAGAAGCCGGAGUCACUCAAGGUCUCGCUCUCGAAGCAGACAUUCCCGGAAGAGCAGAAGCCGAAGUGGUAGCAGUAAAAGCAGCCAUUCAAAGAGCCGGUCUCGAUCCAGGUCAGGUUCCCACUCCCGCAGCAAGAGCCGCAGUCGCAGCCAGAGCCGCAGCCGCAGUAAGAAGGAGAAAAGCCGGAGCCCCAGCAAAGACAACAAGAGCCGCAGUCGCAGCCGCAGCCCUGACAAGAGCCACAGCAAGAGUAAAGACCAUGCCGAGGACAAGCUCCAAAACAACGACAGCGCCGGCAAAGCCAAGAGCCACAGCCCCAGCCGCCAUGACAGUAAAAGUCGGAGCAGGAGCCAGGAGAGGAGAGCAGAGGAGGAGAGGCGAAGGAGCGUGAGCAGGGCUCGUAGCCAGGAGAAGAGCCGCAGCCAAGAGAAGAGCCUUCUCAAGAGCCGCAGCCGCAGCCGGAGCAAGGUGGGCAGCCGCAGUCGCAGCCGCAGCAAGGACAAGCGGAAGGGAAGGAAGAGAAGCAGGGACGAAAGUCGAAGCCGCAGCCGCAGCAAGAGUGAGCGCAGCCGAAAACAUAGCAGCAAGCGGGACAGCAAAGUCAGUAGCAGCAGCAGCAGCAAGAAGAAGAAGGACACCGACCACUCCCGGUCACCAUCCCGCUCGGUGUCAAAGGAGCGAGAACAUGCCAAGGCUGAGUCUGGCCAGAGGGAAAGCCGGGCAGAGGGUGAGAGCGAGGCCCCCAAUCCAGAGCCCCGGGCCAGGUCAAGAUCCACCUCCAAAUCCAAACCCAAUGUCCCGGCAGAGUCGCGCUCCAGGUCAAAAUCGGCUUCAAAAACACGCUCUCGGUCCAAGUCUCCAUCCAGGUCUGCUUCCAGGUCGCCCUCCCGGUCUAGAUCCAGGUCCCACUCAAGGUCCUAACUGGCUAUGCCAGGCUGGAACUGCCGAGAAGUGUUUUGUACAUGUUGGUAGCCGUAGCACAAGAGUGAAGUAGAACACCCGUCACUGCUGUACAUUAACUCCCUAAAGGUGUGUCUCAGUCGUUCAAUCUCAGUGCUUCCUCGGUCAGCCUCCAGGCGCCAGGCCUUCCCGCUCUACUGAAAAGCAGCUCCUCAGACCUCCCCUUACUCACAGUAGGACACCCAGACGCCUUGCCUUUCAGGCCUGGCCACGGCUAUAGGGAGCUCGGCACCCAUACGGCUUCUCAGGCUGGAGUGAUGGCGUAGGUAGGUGUGGUGAGCUCAGCCGUUUGCCCUUGAAUCGAUGCCCUUUGAUGUGUGCCACGUAGUGAAAGUGCAAGUCUUCAGUCUCCCACCACUUCGGUUUCCUGUUUCUGGACUUACCAACGUUGUGACUAGCACAGUGGAGAGAAACAGAUCCCUGCAUAGCCCCUAGGAAGUAACGCUGUAGGAGCUCCACAGUCUGGUAUUGUGAUUAUAUUGUUUUAUAUUAAAAGGAAAGAGUUUUUUUAAUUUUAUUUUUCCCCGUCUUGCAAAGUAUAGUGACCCCUGUUUCCAUUAAAUUUGAAUAAAGACUAUUUUUGCUUGACAAAA